UGAGACGGAACACGAACAAAAAAAAAACCAACAAACGGUCGCCAAUCUUGCAACAAUGUUAAAAACAACAACCGAGCGGUUUGAAUAAUAAUUAAAUAAUGUUGUUAUUAAUAGCGAUAAAUUUAUUUAGUCUAUGGGAAAGUGGUUACGGUGAAUCGUACGGGAAAUGUUGUAAAAACGGGGAAAUUUUACAAGAAAUUGGAGAUUCUUACAAAUGCGUCCCGGAUUACGUUAAAAGACACGGCGUGUUAGUACCGCGAGUUGACGUCCUUGAAAAUAGUACGGGUAAAUGCGUCGAAUUUAGCACGGAUUUUUACCAGUUUGAAAUAUCCGGGAAAAUUAUAAUAAAAAAGGAACCGAUUAAAGAUGAAAUAUUCCCAAAAUGCUGCCCCGUCGGUUAUAUUUAUAACGAAAAGAAGCAUUCGUGCGAUAAAAAAAAUACCUACGAACAUAAUUUCAUUAAAACUACCCUUAUUACGGUGGGACUUCCACGGUGUCGAUCGAUACUAGAUACGAAAAUGGAUUCUAUCGAAUAUUUCGAAACUGAAGGGGAUUAUUGUAUAGACGAAACUAGUACUGGCUUUAUUAGAAGAGAAUGUAAAAAUAAUACCGAUUUUUGUAAUUAUAUAAAAUGUAUUAAAAAGUGUUGUCCAGAUGGAAAAAGUUACGUAAAUAGUAAUAAAUGUUCGGAUUCUUAUGUAAACGGAAUAGAUUUGGAAUUUUCCGGAAAAAUCGACCAACCCAACGAACCGUUCGGUAUUAUUCACAACACAACUUUUUGCGACGGAAAAUUCUACUUGAUGAACGAAUCCAGGUACAUAUUUAACCUUGAAAAAAACGGAGAAUUCAAAUAUUGGAAAAACACGACGAAUUCGUUCGUAAUAGAAAAACCAACGGAUACAACCGGAUAUUGUAUAGAACACGCCCACAGACAUAACAUGAAUGGAUACUUUUUCUUCAAUUGCAUACCGAACACCCCACCCAAACCUAAAUUCCGAUACACAAAAUGGCCGAAGAUACUUUCCUGCAUCUUCCUAUCACUGACAAUAAUAAUUUACGUCCUACUCAAACAAACCAAGAAAUUAUUCGGAAAAAUUUUAAUCAAUUAUUGCGUUGGUACUUUGUGUUUAUACGCACUUUUGACUUAUACGCAAUUCGAUUUACAACCGAAAGAUAUUUCAUGUCACAUUGUCGGUUAUAUGUUGAUUUUUUUUGCUAGUGUGUCUUAUACAUGGUUGAAUGUUAUGUGUUGGGACAUCUGGUUUACGUUUGGUACUACGAAACAUUCGAUCGGUACGUAUCGACAAAGAAAUGACAUGAAGAAACUGUUGGGUUAUAUGGUAUACGGUUGGGGAACCCCUCUGAUUCUAACUUUGAUUGUAUUCGGCUUCAGUGUUACCGACGUGUUACCAACUUCAUUUAAACCUUACGUUGGCACGACUGCUUGCUUCCUAGUAGCUAUGCGAGGAAAUUACGCUUUGUUAAUUUUUUUGCGGCUUCCGCAUCUUGUGAUCCAGCUAGUGAAUACAUUCCUGUUUAUCAGAACCAUUUUGUAUUGUUUGAGGAUAAAAAAUGAGAUUGAACGUAUCAAUGAUACGAAGAACGAGAAGAAAGUCAAAUUUAAUAAGGAUAAAGAGAAGUUAAAUCUGAUCUUGAAAUUGGCGGUUAUAAUGGGCAUAACCUUCAUAAUGGACACCGUGACUGGUUUCGUCGACAUGAAUAACUUGGGAACUUUUUGGAUGACUGUAGAGAUUGUGAUAGACUCCAUUAAUUGCUUACAAGGUGUCUAUAUAUUCGUCAUAUUUAUUUGCAAGAAAUCAAUUUAUCACGACUUUAUGAAGAAGCUCUAUGUAAUAAAAAGAGACACGUAUCUGAAUAACACCGAUUCUUUUGUAUCUACCACCCACAUCAGUUUGAAACAAAACAAAAAUGAUGAAUACAAAUAAGCUGCCUGUGAUAUUUUUACUAAUUUUUGUAUUUUUUUACUUUGUAGGCAUGGAAAAAUCAUUUUUUGUUGACUGUAAGAUAAUGAUCCAGAAAUUAAGAAAAUACGUUAAUGUUCUUAGUUGUAUCGAAACGGCUUCUUGAUCUACCUGGUACAUUUGACCAAUAAUUGAUGUCUGAGCUUCAAUUGAACCCUGGUGGAACCACUUCUCUUAAUUCAGGUGGUUUAGAGACGUGGUGCAAUGGAAAUGACUAUUAGUGGGUUUUUGCGUUAAUUUAACCCUGUUAGAGGGACAAGAUGAAGGGAUGAAUUCGGGGUCAACCUCACUAGACACCUAUUCAAUAAUUUAAACCUUCCCAGAUGUUUUUUUUUUUUAAAAUUAUAACCUUAUUUAAUAUUUUCACCUUUCCGGACAAUUUUUUAACGAUUUCCAUCUUCUAAACCCUGCCCAGAAAGAUUUUUUUUGAAUAUUAAGUUAUUUAUAGACAUUUCCAAAAAAUUUUAUCUGUUCCAGAUACUUUUUUAAUGGUUGAAAUUUGUUUUGACAGAUUUUCUUUGAUAAUAGGAAGUUUUUAAUAAUCGAUCCUUUCAAAAAUGUUUUUUAGAACCGUUAUGACAUUUUUCUAGUAAGUUUAAUCUCAUUAGACACUUUUCAGAAAUUAAAAUACGUCUUAGACAUUUUGUAAUACUUUUAGCAUGUCUAGAAAGUUUUAUUUUUGAUAAUUUGGAGUUUUGAAAUAGUCUCGACACUUUUUUGAUAAUUCUAUUGUUCCUAGAAGUUUUUCUAAAAAUUUAAAGCAGUUUUGUGACAAAUCCAAUUAUCCUAGACGCUUUUUUAAUAAUUGAAAUUAUCCCAGACACUUUUCUCAUAGUUUAGAACCUUCCUAGACAGUUUUUUGACAAUUGCAACGUUUCUAGAAGUUUUUUAAAUAAUUUGAAACCAUGUACACAUUUUCUCAUAAUUGCAAUCCUCCCAGUGUUUUUUACAGCAUAAAAACCUUCCCAGUGAAUUUUUUAAUCAUUUAAAUCAUCCCAGACACUUUGUUUAUAGUUUAGAACCUUCCUAGGCAAUUUUUUGACCAUCGUAACGAUUCUAGAUGUUUUUUUAUUAAUUUAAAACUAUACAGGCACAUUUUUUCUUAAUUGCAAUCCUCCCAGUGAUUUUUUUACAGCAUAAAAACCUUCCCAGUGGAUUUUUUAAUAAUUUAAAUCAUCCCAGACACUUUUCUCAUAGUUUAGAACCUUCCUAGACAGUUUUUUGACAAUUGUAACAAUUCUAGACAUUUUUUUUAAUAAUUUAAAACUAUCCAGACACAUUUUUUCAUAAUUGCAAUCCUCCCAGUACUUUUUUACAGCAUAAAAACCUUCCCAGUGAAUUUUUUAAUCAUUUAAAUCAUCCCAGACACUUUUUUUUAUAGUUUAGAACCUUCCUAGACAGUUUAUUGACAAUUGCAACGUUUCUAGACGUUUUUUAAAUAAUUUGAAAUCAUCUAGACACAUUUUCUCAUAAUUGCAAUCCUCCCAGUAAUUUUUUACAACAUAAAAACCUUCCCAGUGGAUUUUUUAAUAAUUUAAAUCAUCCCAGACACUUUUCUCAUAGUUUAGAACCUUCCUAGACAGUUUUUUGACAAUUGUAACAAUUCUAGACAUUUUUUUUAAUAAUUUAAAACUAUCCAGACACAUUUUUUCAUAAUUGCAAUCCUCCCAGUACUUUUUUACAGCAUAAAAACCUUCCCAGUGAAUUUUUUAAUCAUUUAAAUCAUCCCAGACACUUUUUUUUAUAGUUUAGAACCUUCCUAGACAGUUUAUUGACAAUUGCAACGUUUCUAGACGUUUUUUAAAUAAUUUGAAAUCAUCUAGACACAUUUUCUCAUAAUUGCAAUCCUCCCAGUAAUUUUUUACAACAUAAAAACCUUCCCAGUGGAUUUUUUAAUCAUUUAAAUCAUCCCAGACACUUUUUUAUAGUUUAGAACUUUCCUAGUCAGUUUUUUGACAAUUGUAACGUUUAUAGACGUUUUUUUAAUAAUUUAAAACUAUCCAGACACAUUAUUUUUAGUUUAGAACCUUCCUAGACACUUUUUAAUCCUUCUAACUUGUCUAAACAACUUGAUUUUUGAUGAUUUUAAUUUUUUAUCCUGUUUAGACAGUUUUUUGACAAUUGCAAUAUUCCUAGACGCUUUUCCCAUAUUUGAAAUUUAUUCAGAUACUUUUUUCUAUAAUUGCAAUUUUCUUCAUGACUUUUUAACACUUUUUAACAAUUAAAACCCUUCUAGACACUUUUUUCGUAAUUCAAAUCUUCCCAGACAUUUUGUUUCCAUAAUUUUAAUCUUCCUAGGCUCUUUUAAUCAUUAGAAUUUAUAUAGAAAGGUUUUUUGAAAUAAUUUGAAUUUUCGUAUUCAUCAAAACAACUUUUUGUCAAUUGCAAUUUUUUAGACGUUUUCAUAAUAAUUUUAACGUAAUCGGAAUUUUUUUAUAUUACAUUAAAACCUUCUUAGGAUUUUUCAUUUGAUUGAAUUCAUCACACGCACUUUUUUGAUAAUUCAAACACUUACCCAAUACAUUAAAUUCUCCUAGACACUUUUUUAUCAAAUUAAAACUUUUCUUAGCAAUUAUUCUAAUCAAAAACAUUCCUAAAAAUGACAUUUCCAACGCCGUGUUCGUAGACCGUAUUGUUAACAACAGUUUUGAGGUUAUAUAUAUAAAAAAGUGUGAAGUGGGAAUUUGGUAGGGGCGACUGGAGCAAACUAAAUACAUAUAUAUGAUAUAGACAUCAAUUAGAUAAAAAAUGGCUUGUUCAAGACGUAUUGUUUCAUUUUCCUUUAAUCCACCAACAGUUUUUCCAUUCAUUAUUAUUUUUAUAUAAAUAUUUUCACGUAAAUAUCGAUAUUUGUCUAUGAUUUACAUUUAUUAUUUUGACAUUUGGUCCAAAGUGUAACUAAAAUCAUCACUCGCAUAACGUUGACGUUAGUGCGUCAGUGCUGCCAACUCUUCGUCUUUUUAUGUAGAUCUACGUUUUUUACGCAAAUUACGAAUUGCUAAUUAAAAUUAUUCGUCUACAAGAAGUGUGUUUUCUUUAUUUAUUUAAACACAAUUUGUAUCAAACUUAAUCUAAUAAAUUGAUUUAAUAAAAAAAAAUGUAUUGUCCAAUGAUAAAUAGUAUAAGAAAUAAAUUGUAUAGCAAAA